AUGCCGCUCCUGAUCAUCCUCCACCUUCAUGGUGUCAGCGGCACCAGUACGACCAACAUCUGUCAGUGCCCUUUGAAUUGGAAUCCGGUGUGUGGAACUGGCGUGGUCGCGCCCAAAGUGACCUUCGUGAACGAGUGUUUCUCCAAGUGCUCCUGUUCUUUCGCUGAGCGGAGUACGUGUGAUGUGAUGCAGGGAGAGUGUCCGCUUGUAAACCAGAGCAAGGCGUGCCCCAACCUUCCCUUGAAUCUGGACAUCUCCUCCGCAUACCUUGAGUGGUCCAAAAAUCCAAGCACGUUCAAUCUGGUGGUGGACGUACGGACAGCUGAGGAGUACGUAGGGGAAUCAAAGAACAACAAGAUUGGUCACAUCCCAGAUGCAAUCCUUGUCGAGUCUCUGGUCGACAAUCCUUCGGCUGCCGACAUGCUGCUUCCUUGCAAGAAUGUUGCCAUGCUCGUGGUUUGCCGGACUGGUGUACGGUCGUUGGCAGCUGCCGAUAUCUUGCGACAGAAAGGGUACCCCUGCGUGUUCAACAUGGAUGGAGGCACACUAGCAUGGAGCCAAGCAGGAUUUCCAACAGUGAAGGGGAUUUCAAACACCACCAGCGUUCUUGCCAGUUGCAACCAACCAGGACAACAUGUCUGGAGUCAAUCCAAAGGUGCUGGAGCUGUGGUUGGUGGGAUGUGGGUCGAGGAGGGUCAGAAGAUUGGAGCCAACCGCAUGAUUGGGCUGUUCUCCGGAUUUCUAGUGCUCUGGAAGAUCCUACUUCUUUUGUAA